AUGGUGGAGGACCUCUUUGCUCAGCCGCUCUUUAGACGCAAAAAUCAGAACAUUAACAAGAGGCCAGAUGGAAACAACGCGCCGAAAAGACGAGACAACAAGAAGUCUCUGCGGGUGAAGGUGAUCAGCCGGAACGCGGAGGUCGGAAAGAGCUGCAUCAUCAAACGUUACUGCGAAAAGAGGUUUGUCCCAAGUAUCUGGGCAACCAUCGGCAUCGACUACGGUGUCACCAAAGUUCAGGUUCGAGACAGAGAAAUCAAGGUGAACAUCUUCGACAUGGCCGGCCAUCCGUUCUUCUACGAAGUGCGAAACGAGUUCUACAAAGACAGCCAGGGCGUGCUGCUCGUCUAUGACGUUGGCCUGAGGGAGAGUUUCGACGCCCUCGACAGCUGGCUCGGCGAGAUGAAACAGGAAAUGGGCUCUCAGGCCAACAUGGACAGCAUCGUGUUCGUCGUCUGCGCCAACAAGGUGGACCUGACGAAGCGGCGAGUGGUGGACGAGGGCGAGGGGCGCCUGUGGGCGGAGUCCAGAGGCUUUCAUUUUGAGACGUCGGCACAGAGCGGCGAGGGCAUCAAUGAGAUGUUCCAGGCAUUCUUCUCCUCCAUCACCGACAUGUGCGAGAACGGCGGGAAGCGCCCGGUGUCAGAGGUCAGCGUCGGCUUCACCAAAGAGCAGGCCGACACCAUCCGACGCAUCCGCAACAGCAAGGACUCCUGGGAUAUGUUGGGCGUCAAACCCGGGGCCACACGGGAGGAAGUUAAUAAAGCGUACAGGAAGCUGGCCGUCCUGCUGCACCCUGACAAAUGCGUCGCCCCCGGCAGCGAAGAUGCCUUCAAAGCGGUGGUGAACGCCCGCACCUCACUGCUAAAGAACAUUAAAUAACACACAGAUACACACACGAACACACAACAACCGGACCUGCUGUCGCUCAGACACGACCUGACGACGGACUUUAUUUAUUUAUUUAUUUAUUUCUGUAUUUAUUCAGCGUACGUGUCAUGUGUGCCAUGUUGCUUGCCACAGUGCUGUAUGCCAACAUACCGUCUGGCUUAAACCGGGUUUAAGUUAUUUACAACAUUUUAAACACUAAACUGGAGCGUGUAUGGGGGACGAAUAGUGCCGCACGGAAGAAGACGGUACACACUGUAAAAUAUGUGGGAGAAGCUUAUUCUGAAGUCACAACUCUGAGAAAAACAGGUCAAAAUUCAGAGAUUCAUCCAGAAUUAUGAGCUUUAAUUAAGUUCUUGAGGUAUAAGAUGAAAAAGUUUUAGUGAAGUUUUAAAUUUAAGGAAGAAAAGAGUUAAAAAGAAACUAUGAGGUUAAAACCAGAAUUAAACUUGGGGUUUAAUCUAAAUUAAAGUCAGAGGAUAGUCAAAAUAAAGGGAGUAAAAUGAAGUUACAAGAAAGCUUUAAAAUGAUAAGUGGCUACAAUCUGAAGUUGGAUAAUAAUGUUUGAUUUAACAUCCAAACUUUCAGCACUAAAAUUAGACUUUUUUUGUCUCAUUAUUAUUUUUUAAACUCAGUUUCUUUUUUCACUGAAGUUUCCUUUUAGUUCAGAGCUAGGAUCCAUGUGUAUGAAACUGGCUGAAAGUGUGUGCACUUUGUCGGGUCAAAGGUCAACAUGAGUGUUAGUAACACUCCCAACUAGUUUAAUGAAAGUCAGUAAAUUUUAUUAAAUGUGACUCUUAUCACAUGAAUUAAAGGUACUAAUCCUGUGUGUGUCAACUUAAAGCUGUCAAACUCAAGUUAAUCACUGAAAAUGCAUGUUGAAUAUUCAAAAAAAAAAAAAAAAAAAAGCUCUUGAAGUUUCCAUGUAGCCAAAACCUGCCAAAUCCUCAGCAUCAGGAACCAUUCUGAAACCAACACGGGGUCAAAUUGGUGGGGUUAAACUACCAACAUCACUUUAUUUGUGACUAGAAAUAACAUAUAUCAACAUAUCUCAGUUAUUUCCCUCAAACAGGCUGAAUAAUUAAUGUAUUUCUUAAGUUGCUGCUUUGUUCCCUGAACAGGUUUAUGUUGAACUCCCCACAUUUGUUCCCUGAAACAGCUGAUUUGUUCUCUCACGCUGCUAAUGUGUCUGUUCCCUUACAUUUCUAAUUUAUUCCAUUAAAAUCACAAUUCGAUAACUUGUUCCCCUAAUUAAUUUAUCCUUUUAAGGCUCAGUUAAUUGUUGACCUAAAUGUUUAGUUUGGUCCUGGAAAUAUCUGUUAUUGUUCCCUUUAGUGACUUUUUCAAUUAUAUCACUAAUUUGAUUCACGCCCUGAUGCUAUUAGUCAGCAUUACCUUUAUACAUUUAAAUUUAGUUGUUUAUUUACAUGAACUUGUUUGCUCAAAUUUGACUUUUCUACCAACAAAUUAUUAUUCUACCCUCUCAAAUUGUAAUUAGUUUUCACAGAUUACUAAAUAGUUCCCCAGAGUUAAUUUGGAUAACCUGAACAUGCUAAUUCUUUCCCUUAAUGCACUCCCAAACUAUUCCCUCAACUCACUAAGCAGUUCUCCAGAGUUAUCUGGAAUAACUUCACGUUCCCUUAAAAACAAGUGACCUAAUUUAUUCCCUUAAAUAUCUGCUUUAUUGACUCAUUUGACCUAAAACACUGUUUUUUUCCUUAUUCAAAUUCAAAUUAAUGAGUUUUUCUCAUAGCUCACAAAUGAGUACACAUUAGUUGAAACUUUGUCCAUAUAAACUACAUUUCUCCAUCUAUGUUAUUAAACUGUUUGGUUCCCUUAAAUUGUUAUUUUGAGCCUUCAUAUACUUGUUAAUUUGUUCCCUUUAAGUGAUAAAUGUUCUGUUAAAUUGUUCCUUCAGAUUCCUGUUUUCAUUGUUAAAUCAUGAGUCAUUUGUUUAAACGAAUCAUAGUUUCCUCAAACUGUUCCCUCAAAUUAACAAACAGUUCCCUGAAGUUACUUUGAGUAACUUGAAAAUGCGUAUUUGUUCCUAUAUUCAGUGGACUGACUUAAUUUUUACAUUUUCUCUUAAUUUGUUCCCUCAGUUCACUUAUUUUUUCCCUCAAACUGCCAAACUGUUCCCUAAGUUGAAUAAUGGUUCCCUAAAGUUAUUUGUUAAUGCAAAAUUUUAUCUCAACAGGUCAACUGUUAUCUAAAAAUUAUGUCCAAAUUAUGUACAGAAACAAAUUUAUUUCUUUGGUAUUUGAUAAAAAAUUAUAACUUGAGUUAUAAUUUAAGAUUCUAAAUUAAUCGUUUCCCGUAUUAAAUCAUUUGCACUUUAAGAAAAAUACACUAAAAAUUUCACAAAGAAAAACAAAAGCAGCACGUUCAUCUUAUCACCGCUGUUUAAAAUGUGCGAUCUGUCACAGUGGACGUUUACAUGAUGAUGAUGAUGCUGAUGAUGAUACUGGACGUUUUACAUCACAUGGCUGAGCUAAAUGAGAGACUUGUGCCCGUUUACUGACUUUUUAUCACAUAAAAACAUCUUGUUAAAUCAAGAAAGUGUUUCAUACUGUAAAGAACUGACAGGCAGCAUGAAUAUGUUCUCAUAGUUUUAUAUUUUUACAUACAUGUAACCACAGGAACGAAUUUUUAAAAAAGCAGGAUGAGCUUCCACUUGUCGCUUUAAUGUGAUUUUUAUUUUUAUGCUUCAGUCAGUGUUCAAGAUCCAUGAAUUUAUAUGAAAAUAACGUAAUUUAUUGAAUUUAAUAAUUGUUAAUUAAUAAAAAAAAAAAUACCACAAAUUAAAAUGUAUUAUUCAGACAAAGAAAGUAGUAUUUGAGAUGAAAACAUUAUAAAAGCAAAGUAUUGGGGAAAAUCAAAAAGGUUAAAAAUAAAAAUCACAAUAAAUGUAAAAGUGGAAGAGGAGUUUUAAAGUGAGCGUUGGCCAAUCAAACACGUUAUUUAAACUAAUUUUCUGUCUGUGUGUUGUUUAUUAUAAUCACAUGUGAUUUCUGUUAUAAGCAGCCUGAGCUAACUCAAUAAUGUAACUGUGUUUGGGGAAUGUGUGACUCUGAGUUUUGGCACAGUUUGAACUCCGUACCUCAAAGCCCAAACAUGAUGACUUCCUGUUGCCUCAGACUGAUGCUUGACUUGUGCUUCUGUGUUGAGUCUAUGUGACGGGUUUGCUAUUGCGGCGUAGGGUUAACGCAGGAGUGUAACUCUGCUCUGAGUCAGUGCUGUCGGCACUCACGUGACGACGUGUGUGAAUGUUGGGGUGAGUGUGUGUUACAUUUACAGGCUCGCUGUCGUUCUG